AUGGCUCCGCUAGGAAGGUCACGCCCUGGCUACUCCCCGUGGUGCUCGGAGGAGCCCGUGAGGGUGGGGACAGGAGUGUGCUGCUCUUGGGGACGAUGGAAGGGGUGGGGAGGGGUGAGAGGCGGGACUGUGAGUGCCCUUGGGAGGCUGGUGGACCACCUGCAAGCGUGGGGUCAGGCAUUGAAGGCCAGGGCCCUGGCUGCCCCUCUUGAUGCUAGAAGGUGCCCCUGCAGGUGGGGGCGGGAAUGUGGUGCUUCUGGGGGAGGUUGGGCUGAAAGAUGGGGGAGUAAGGAUGGGAGCGCCUUCGAGAGGCUCUGUCCUCAUUGCCUCCUCCAGCCCCUCCAUCAGUCCACCUGCCGGCAAGGGGUUGGGUAUGGGGGGGGAAGGGAGGACCUCACCAUGGGGCUGCAGGGGGGUUGGGUCCGCCUCAGAGGCAAGUCUAUAGUCCCAUCCGCUGUCUUAGCCGCCUUAGCUGUCCCCUCCCCCGCUGCAGCCCCUGCUGCACCUUCUCCUGCAACAGCCGGGGCUGCACUCUCUCUUGCACCUACCCCUACUUCACCCAGACGCCCUGCAGCCCCCGCAUCCCCCUCUCCUGCUGAGGAUCCCACUGCUCCCCCCCCUGCUGCCAUUACCGCUGCUGCCCUCACUUAUGAAGCCUUUCUUACCAUAGCACCCCUCCCUGCUGUAGUCACCCCUGAUGUAGCCUCCACCACCUCUGCUUUGGCCCGUGCCACCCCUACUGCCUGUGCUGCCUGGCCCAUGCUGCCUAUGCCUGCAGCCUCAUCUCAGCCCCUCUCCCCCACCAAACCAAAAGCUGCCGCCUUUGUAGCGACUUCUGAGGCCCUUUUUGGUGCUUCUGCAGCCCCAUCCGCAGCACUUGCCACUCCCGCUGUGGUUCUUGCUGCCCCUUCUUCAGCCUCGACUGCCCAACCUGCAAUCCCUGCCGGCCCUGCCGUGGCUUGUGCCACCACUGUUUCCCGUGCUGUUCGGACUGCGUUGCUCAAGCAUGCAGCCCUAUUCUCUGCAGCUUCUGCAGCUCCACUUGCUGCCAUCCCCACCGGCUCAGGAGCUGCCGCCCCAGCGAUGGCUCCUGCUGCCCUCCCUACUACCCCCUUCUGCAGCCCUUUCCGCCCCAACCACAGUCUCUGCCUCCCCUGGUCCAGCCUCCACCGCACCUACCACAGCCUUCGCUGCCCUAUUUCCUCCGGCGACUCCUGUGCUGUCUUCGGGAGCCUCUGCUGUCCCCUGCAGCCUCUGAGGCCCCUUCCCUUGCAGCCUCUGCGGCCCCUUCCCCUGCAGCCCCUGCUUGCCCUUUCCUCUGCAGCCUCUGCUGCCCCUUCCCAUGUAGCCUCUGCUGCCCCUUCCCCUGCAGCCUCUACUGCCCCUUCCUCUGCAGCCUAUGCUGUCCCAUCCUGUGCAGCCUCUGCUGCCUCUGCUGCCCCUUCCUCCGCAGCCUCUGCUGCCCCUUCCCCUGCAGCCUCUGCUACCCUUUCCUCUGCAGCCUCUACUGCCCCUUCCCCUGCAGCCCCUGCUGCCCCUUCCCCUGCAGCGUCUGCUGCAAGUCCCCCCCCAGCUCUGCCCUCCCCCCCCCUCUAUGUUCUUGGGUCGGGUGCCGCCCCUGCUACUACCUGGAAGGAGGGUGGGUUGAGAUGGGGCAACCGGGUUGGGGUGGGGUUUUGA